AUGACCUUUAUGAAUAUUCGAAAAGAUAUCAUGCUACAUGGUUAUCCCGACGAAGAGGAUCGACACUACGUUGAAACCGUGUUUGAUAUUUUACUUAUGAUGAUUCAUGUACUCACUAUGUAUUUAAUUCUGUCUCCUGAUUCAUCCAAUGAAAUGAUUCUAAUCGGUUUAGCCAUUUUUGUUUUAGAUUUCAUUGGUUCGGUUAGACAACUUGAAACUUGUGACCAUCCUAGUAAUCUUUUGGAUAAUGCUCUUAGUGCAACUAACUUAUGCGGAUGUGUAAAAAGCUACUUAGUUGUUUGUUCAUUUAUCGUAUCAUUAUGGGGAUUAGUUGUUUUUCGAAAACAUUCCUUUAAUUACUAA